ACCAAUAAAAAAAAUAAAUGGAGAAUUUUUUAUAGGACCCUUUAUGGUGUAUUAAUUAGAGCUUAUGAUUGCUUGAUGUACGACCUUUUACUAAGCGGGUAUUUGCUCUCAGCGAUAUCGACGAUAUGAUGAGGGUUGCUGAGGAGGAGUCACUUGACUUGAGUAGAAAGAGGAAACUGCCAGCUGAAGAAUCAGACAUGUUACCCUUACCGAAACACUUUUGUCUGGAGCAGCAACAAGCCUCGCUUCCUGAUUCUUCAUCUCCAUCCUCAGAUAUAGAAUCGGCGGAAUGCUCUUGUGCUAUGGAAGACACAAAAACCGGAGAUGAUACCUCUUCAUCUUCUGCAUCUGUGUGCAUGUCUAAAGACUCUUGUUAUUCAACCGGAAGUUCAAGUUGGAGUUCUGGUUAUGCAACGUCAGGCACAGAUCAAUGCUGUUCCAAAGGUACUGACAAAAUACAAGAAUAUGUUGAAGAGCUGGAGUUUAUUUGUCCCGAGUAUGCGGUUGAAGAUAUUCAAGAGCUUAUAGGGUGUCAAGAUUCAAAUGUAGAAGGGUGGAGCGUCGUUAGCAACCAAGAAUCGGAAGAAGCUACAAAGAAACCAACCAUUGAUCAAGAGUUUGAGGAGUAUUUUUCAACACUUAUGAUGUAAACAUCAAAGGCAAUGUUAUAUGUAAAUAAAUAUAAAUUUCACAUUGUUUCUGUUUUAGAAGAAACACAUAAACAUAAGAGCAUUGCAUUUUACAAUGGUCUUGCUCACCAUUUCUGAUAA